AUGAGGAUUUUAAAGAUAGAAGAAGGUUCUGUUAACAAGGAAGGUGCUGUGAUAUCCUUACUCCCAGAAGAUAAAGAAGAUUUAUUCACGUUAUAUCAGAUCAUUGACGAAGAAGAUGAACUGAUUUUUAAAAAGAAGUUUUCGUCUAGAAAGGAUGAGGAUUCGAAGAAGACAAAUACUGACUUGGUUUUACUUAAAAUCCAAGUUGUAUCAAGUGAGUUUGACAUUAAUGAUGAAUUUUUGAGAUAUAAAGGUAAAACAGUUACUGAUGAUACUGGAAGGGCCAAUGCUGAAGUUCCUGUUGGUAAGUUCAUAAGUUUUACAGUGAACUACUCUUAUCCAUUCACCAUCAUUAAGGAAACGUUUGACAAACACUCUCGUCAGUUAUUAAACGAAGCUUGUAACCCAGAGGGUAAAUCUGAUACAGCAGCUGUAGUAUUGCAAGAAGGGAUUGCCCAUAUUUGUAUUUUAACACCAUCAUCUACCAUUCUAAAACAAAAAAUAGAAUAUAGCUUACCCAAGAAGAAACGUGGUACCGAUAUUAUGAAAUAUGAUGAAAAAACUGAUAAGUUUUACAAAGGUAUAUAUGCAGCAAUGAAUAAGUAUUUUGAUUUUGAAAAAUUGAAGAUGAUUAUUCUGUGCUCUCCUGGAUUUUAUGCAAAGACUCUAAUGGAUAAAGUAUUAGAGUAUGCGAAUGAAGAGCGUAAUAGUGCAAUUUUAAAUAAUAGAUCAAGAUUUUUAGUUGCUCAUUGUUCCACUGGUUAUAUGCAAGGUAUAAAUGAAGUCUUGAAGGAUCCAGCAUACACAUCUAGUUUAAGUGACACCAAAUACUCUAAGGAGGCUGUUGUAAUGGAUGAUUUCUUAAAACAUUUAGAUGAUGAUGAUUAUAAAUCUUGGUAUGGUGAAUUUGAAAUUUUCAAAGCUGCUGAAUUAGGUGCUAUUGCUUCAUUGCUAAUCACUGAUGCUAAAUUACAUUCCGGGAAUGUGAAAGAGAGGAAAAGAUAUCUUGAUAUGAUGGAUACAGUUGAACAUAAUGGUGGAACAGUAUAUACAUUUAGUACAUUGCAUGAUUCUGGGGAAGAAUUAGAAAAGUUGACAGGUAUUGCAUGUAUUUUGAAGUAUCCAUUACCUGAUCUUGAUGAAGAUGUAGAGGAUUUUGAUUAA